CAGAGCAACUUACACUUUCAGCCCCGUCGGGCAGAGUAGACCGCGAUCCACCUCUCUGGAAGUACCCAGUGAAACAAGUGUGCAACUCUUUAUUCUGAUGAUGAGCGUUGGAAACUUUCAUUUUAUCUUUUCCAAGUUCCUUUUAGCUUGAAACGCCCUAGCAAGCGUUAAUGGGAGAGCAGUCGCAAACUCUCGCCUUUCUGCAUUUUCGUCCCUGGAAGAAGCGGCGUGGAGGAACUUCCUUAAUAGGAGGAGGGGUCCUCGGGGGCUACUGUCAAUCUUUUUAAGCCUUUCCUUUCAAGCUUUGAAUGCGAGCAGCCCACUAGCCCCCCGGAGCCCUCUCCCCGCUUCUUUCCUAGCGAUCGUAACGAAAGAAGGGGAAAGGGGGAGUUUCAACAGCGGCCCGACCAAUCGCGGGUCGCGUAGCAAGGAAAAGGGGCGGGGCAACUGGAGGGGGAGUGGAGAAGAGGAGAAAGAGCGAAUCAGUCGGAGGGCUCCAGCCAAGGGGGGAUGUGUAAUAGGGAGGAGAAGCGUUGCUAAUUUUUUUUGUUUGUUUGCUUUUCCAUGCAUGCAUAAUGAGGCCGCAUCAGAACACGCUGCUGCCGCCGCCGCCGCUGCGUGGAGAGCACUUUUGUAUUUAAAGCCUCGCGAAAGAAAACAGUUCCUCAAAAGUGUCGGCAAAGAGAGGAAGAGAGAGAGAGGAAGGAUUCGGCGGCGAGGAAAGCCGAAGGGAGAGCGCGGGACCCGCGGUUAGUCCCGGCUGCCUCGUUGCUUGGGCUGCCUUCUCCUGCCCAACAGCGGAAGAGUCUGCGAGGUUCAGCGCGCCUCCGGAGCCCGGCCGGGGCUCGCGGGAUGUUCAGCGCGGCCACUUGGCAUGUGAGGAGAUGCGCUGAGAUCCAAGAAAGAAGAUCGGCAUGAGAAGGAGGGAAGCCGCCGCUCCGACUCAGCAGGGAGCCCAUCACCCCGCAGCUCCAGGCUUCUUUCGCCGCUGCCCGGCCUCCCCAUCCCGGGAGUAAGGGGCGGAGGCUGUGGGGCUGCAAAAAGGAGAAGGCGCCGCUUUUCUGGGCUCUCUGAAAACCGUUCCCGAAGGAAGAUCCCAGGCCGCGGAUGGAUUGAUGAGGAAGACCCCCAUGCGCACCCUCGGCAAAACUUCUCCAAACUUUUCUACUCUCGGCAGCCGCUGGGCCGCCGCCGCUUGCUCCGCGCCCUCCCCGCUCGCUUCCCGACCACGAUUGCCCUGCGGCCGCCCGCAAUGGUGGCAGCCUGGCGGGGAGGAGGACGAUGCCUACGGACCGCGCUGCUCCCGCAACUGGCCGCUUUGGGGCUGAGGCUGCUGCUGCUGCUGCUGGGCGCCGCCUCUCCUCCGCUGGGAGUUCACGGCCGGCGCCUCAUCUGCUGGCAGGCGAUGCUGCAAUGCCAGGAAGAGCCGGACUGCGGCUACGCUUACAGCCAGUACGCCGAGGCGUGCGCGCCGGUGCUCAUGGCCGAGGGGGACGGCUUUGCCGCCUCUGCGGCGUCCUCCUCCUCCUUCUCCAAUAGGCGGCGGUGCCCGAGCCACUGCAUUUCGGCGCUCAUCCAGCUCAACCACACCAGGCGGGGCCCGGCGCUGGAGGACUGCGACUGCGACCAGGACGAGAAGUGCCGCGCCACCAAGCGCGCUAUCGAGCCGUGUUUGCCUCGGACGAGCAGCGGGGGCAGCAGCGCGGGCGGCGGGGGAGCGGGCGGCGGCGUGAUCGGCUGCACGGAGGCGCGGCGGCGCUGCGACUGGGACAGCCGGUGCAGCGUGGCGCUCAGCCGCUACAUGACGUUCUGCGGCAAGCUCUUCAACGGCCUGCGCUGCACCGAGGAGUGCCGGGCCGUCAUUGAGGACAUGCUGGCCGUGCCCAAGGCGCUGCUGCUCAACGACUGCGUAUGCGACGGGCUGGAGCGGCCCAUCUGCGAGUCGGUCAAGGAGAACAUGGCUCGCCUGUGCUUCGGAGCCGACGCUCUGGGGCCCGGCAGCAGCGGCGCCUCGGACAGCGCCUCCGACGAUUACUACGAAGAGGACUACGAGGAGGAGCCCAGCCAGCCCACCAGAAAUUACUUCGACGACAUGGCUGCCGUCGCGGGCGGCGAGGCGGUUUUCCCAAGGAAGCCCUUGGAUGGCGGGACAGUCCCUGCGGCCGCUUGGACGCUGCUCUCACUCGCCUCCAUUUUGCUGCUGCUGCUGCUGGUCUCCUAGCCUAGUCUUGGGAGGCGCUCAUGAGGGGAACCGUGGCCGAGCUGAGAGGGAGGAAAGAUGGGCUGGCCGCGUGGCGCUUGUCCGGUGUGGGGUUUCUACUGGACGGGCGAGGGUCUCAGAGCUUCCCCGGGUCCCUCCUCUCACAGGAUGGCAGAAUAUCUCCCAUGGAACAUGGUAUCUUAGGAAGAGGAAUCCCAGAAACAGGCCAGUAUCCUGAGCAUCUUGCCUGAGCUUCCUAGUUUCAUCCGAAGGUGGAAGACCUCAGAAGUUGGCCAGUCCCGGCCAGUCCCCUUAUCGUCUGGGACUUGGUUUGCUGUGUGUUCCUAGCUGUGUAAAGAUUUAUUUCCUCUCAUGAUGGGCAUUUUCUCGCUUCUUUAAAAAAUGAUGCCUGAAAGGGAAGCUUCUGUUGUAUUAAAUUCCCUUUUUGAUUCAAAGAAAGGGAAUCUGGUACAAUUAAAAAGCUGUGGGGUUUGUUACUGGGCCCUGUUUAUUGACACUUUUUUUAAGAAGAGUUUCCAGUUGAUGUCCAAAAUGAAUAUGCUUUGGAAUUCACCUGUAGGUUUUACAUAUAUUGCACAUUAGUUAUUUUAUGAGAUAAUAAGUAAUGUCUUGACUAUGCAUGUCAGGGGGGUGUAGCUUGUGCAGUGUUUAUUUUGCCAUGUGCACAGACAUCACCACUUGCAGCUGCCCAAUUACAUACAAUGGACUUUUUCUCAAUCCUGUCUGCAUCCAGAUAGGAAAUAUACAGUAUGCAUGACAUAUCUGUACAUGUGCACUAUGCAAAUUGUUGCCAUUUGGCAAAUGACUUUAAAGAACACUGUAAGCAGAUUGUCUCAUGGUUAUAGUCAAAUUGAAAACAAUAAAUGUACCAAUGACUGAUUUUUUUUCAAGCUGUCCACAAUGAAGUUAAGGGUUUCCUUGCAAUGCUUCCAAAAGUGCUGCUUUGCAUAACCAUUCAACAAGUUAACAUUCACAGCAUUCAUAAUUAUGGUUGACUGAAGAUACAGUUUUGAUUCUUUUUAAUUGGAUAGGUGUGCAGGUAUAGAGGGAAGAGGUUUCAGAGUUGUUUCAAAGAUUCAUAUAUAGUAAGCUUAGGACUUUUUUUGCAGAAUGAAGUAUAAUACUGGCAUGUAUUUGUUACUGUGAUGAUUGCACAUACUUCAGUUUUACUUUCUUGAUGCAUAACCUUGGAAGCUUUAAUUAGCUGUGGCUUCCAGUUUUAUGGGAAAAGGUAUACAUAUAUUUCCUACAUUCCUGUGAUACACAACUUCAUUCUAGAUGCCGGAUGAUAUGUAGGUUCAUUGGUUUUCCUACAGUAGUGGUUUCCUGUUCAGGGUUUGUAUUGGUUUUUGCAUUAGUUAAAAUUGCAAUACAUAAGUUCACCAGUAAAUCUUUUUUGCCUCAGCCUAGGUCCUAGGAGAAAAAAAAUGCUGAACUGUUGGCUAUUGAACAAUGCAACCUUUGUCUCUAAAGAGCGCUGCACUGCCAUCUUCAAAAGACACUUUUUAAGCUCAGUAUGUAAAAAUAUCCUGAGAAGUUAUAUUGCCUCUAAUCCUAUCGGGGCUGACCUCUGGUAAAUUUUAUAUAAAAUGUAUUUAAAACUGGUUUUGUUACCAGCUGUUGUUACUUGUAUAUAGAAUUUUAUAAAAUGUAUACUUUGGGAAUAAUUUAUUUUUUAAGAAAUUAAAAGUUUUAAAUGUGUACCCCACCUGCAAAAAAAUAAUACAUCUGUUAUUCUUUUAUUGCAAAGAGACAGAUAUUAUUUUGUAUGUUAAGGAAUAUAAGCAACAGUAAUUCCCUAAAUGAAAUAAUGUACAGAGCUUUUCCAAAUAGGUCUGAUUUUAAAUUUUGUAUUGUUUAAGGGAUUUAUGAACUUUGUAGAAUUGUAUAAAUGUUUCUCUGGACUUCCUUAAACAUUGUAUUUUUAUAGACUGUGUGAAAAGGCCUUAUGUUUAAAUAUCUAUUGAUUGUGUAUUUUUAUGUGUAAAUUAGUAAAGAGAUUUUUAAAGAACA